AUGGCACAAUGGACAGACGUACUUAUAUUCAUUAUGAAAACUAAUGAUGCCUUUGCUAUGACACUUGGUUUGAUAUUUAACUCAUUAUUGUUAUACACGAUUUGGCGACUACGGAAGACUUAUCGCGGAAACUACAGUAAAUUGUUCUUGAUUAGUGCCGUUUUUGACUGGGUUUUGAGUUGGGAAGAACUAUUGAUCCAACAUGUAAGUCUAAAGUUGUGUUGUCUUUGAUAUGAACGUAAGUUUGGGUUUGGAUGAAGAAAGGGUAACAUCGUAAAAAUAAUUUACAAUAAUGCUUAUUAUGUUUCAGGAUUUGCACGUAAAAAACCGUGUCAUGUAUGUAAUGGGACACGGUAUCGAGCAUUUGUUGCCUCACGACACCUUUCCAAUUUUCAUGUUACCGCAUGCGUUUUUCACAAUACAUGGCGUAUUCAUACUGGCAGUUCAGUACCGCUAUCGGUAUAUUGUGAUGACUGAGUGGGUUUUUUGUUCAUUAAUAGGCUUGUCAUUACUUAUGAAUUUAAAAGCGCCUUAUCCUACCCUACUCUAACAUACCCUAUCAUACAUUACUCUGUCCUAACUUACUCUAUCCUAUCCUACUCUACCCAAAUACUUUUUCUAACUAAAAAAGUUUAGUUCAACAGCCUCAGGCCGUCAUCUAGCCAAAGAUCUUGCGAUAUCAAUAUCAUGUGGCAUUAUCGUAGCCUGUGGCCUAUGUUACGGUACUCAUCAAAGCCAAAGCAUACCAUGGCACGUUUGGAGGAAUAACAUCAAAGACGACUGGAUUGGAGAGUAUGGGGUCGAAGACUUUGUUUACGCUUCAGAUUUGCGUUUCUCUGGCACAAAAAUCUAUUUCGCGUUAGGCUUGACCUUCUCUACAAUAACCUUAUCACUGGUGGCUUAUUAUGCUUAUAAGGCGUGGAAGUUUGUAAAUCCAGAAAAUACAGUAUCCAGUAGAACCAGACAUCUACAACAACAAUUUACUAGAACUUUGAUAGUACAGACUUGUAAUGCUUUUUGUUUUUCCAUGUUCCCUAUUACUAUGAAUGUCUGUUUGGUACUGUUUCGGCCUCCAGGUGAUUUGUACUACUCAGCUUUUGUCAUGCCAUUAAUUUCAUGGCUACCGGCCGCUAAUGGCUUUAUGACAUUACAUGUUGUCAAAGAGUUUAGACGGUUUGUAUUGAAUAUGUUUACUUGUGGUCAGUUGAAGAGGUUGGGCAAGAUUAGUAGCUACAAUUUUCAUGGAACUACGUCUGGACAUGGCUCUACUCAUCUUAAAAAUAGUCAGACUAAUCGACAUCACGUUAUUUAA